CCUGUCUUCGAAGACUAAAAUAUUUAAGAUUAUGCUCACAUAUUAUCCACUUGGUGCCAGUGUAGUGUAAUUUCUUCGUAAUUUUAUUAACUAAUUGAUCACUUUUUAAUGAUGGACGACUGUAUUACAAAAAAAUAUUCUGACAAAUAUAAAUCAAACUAAAAUGAACCAAAUGAACUAAUAAAAUUUAUUAUCUAAUUGAUUAGUACACUUUUUAAGACUUUUUAAGAAUGGACGACUAUUGUGCUCCACAAUGGACAGACUUUACAUGCAGUCCGCAAUUGCCAUCCGAUAAUUAUUUUGACACACAUAUCGAAUAUGAAGCACAUAAACCUUUGAUACAAUUGAAGUCUAACUUGAAAUCCAAUUUAUCUGUAUUUUACAAGAAUGAUAGUAUAGCUAAAUCACCAAAUACAGAAAGACAUUUCGAUGAUAGCUUAGAACCUGUACAAAAUGCUAAAGAUAACAUAUCAUAUUUUAUAUCACAUGAUAACAAAAAGCAUUUUGUGAAGACGAAGACCAAGAAUAGUCUAAGCAAAGUUACGAAAAACUUGGUGAAAACAAAUUUCAAUGAUAGUUUAGAACCUGUACAAAAUACUAAAGACAACAUAACAUAUUUUAUACCGUAUGAUAAUAAAAAGCAUUCUGUGAAGACAAAGACAGAAAAUAGUUUAAGCAAAGUUAUGAAAAACUUGACACUGGAUGAAAAAUCUUAUAAAAUUGGUUGUGCAUCGAACGUGCUGCAAAGACAAUCUAAAAUGUGUAAAGUCAAACGAUCGCAGCCGAAAGUACUCACGUGCCAAUAUCGCAGGCACAGUGUAAUAAAGAGUCGCAGACGUUCAAGCAAAUUUAUAAGUUUGGCAGAGGCAGUCUCUAAAUUUCAAACUAAUACACCGCAAAGAUUUCGCACAAUCAGUAAAAAAAAUUUAAAGCCAGGUCCCUUGAUAAACUUGAAACAAUUCCCGAUGAAACUGACUCAUCCAAUUUCUCCAGCAUUGAGAAGUAUGCGGAGAGCAAGACAUACUACUAUUUUAAGUAAAGAGGAACGUGAAACCUUACAACUUGAAGAAAUGAAGAAACAUCAAAUAAAAGCAAACCCUGUACCACUUAACAUUUUGAAAGCUCCAUCCGCUCUAAAGAAAGUAGCAAAAAAACCACUUACCGUUGCAGAAGAAUCUCGUUUAACUCGGCCGAAGAAAACGCCUCACGCCUCAGAUUCAGAAAUAAAUACAUCACAACAUUCUAUGGACAAUAACGUAAAAUGCGCGGAGAAAAAAUCGGAAAAACUGAAGAAUAUACAGAUUCAAGAUACCAAUAAAAUAAAAGUCGAAUUUCGUGCAAGACCCGCACCAAAAUUUUUAAAAUCGACAAAGCCGACUGAAGAACAAUCAAGAACAAGCGAAGAACAAACUGUGAAAAAACGAACAGUAGUUUCGCAUCCGUUUAGUUUUGCUGAAAGGGAUAAAUGUCUUGCUCAAAAGAAAAAAGAAUUUGUUAAACAAAUGCAAGAAAAUGAUAAAAAGAUACAAAUAUUUCGUGCCAAUCCGGUACCAAAUUUUAAGGAAGUCAAAGUACCCAAUGUAAAGAAUGCCGCUAAAUCAGUUACAACCAAACAAAUAAAAAGUUGUAACAAUCAAGAGAAUAAACAGCCAAAUAUUCGCGUUUCUACAAUUGAUACAAAAAAGAAACCGACGAAGCAGGAUAUUGUAAAGAAUACUAAAAAAAAGGAACACGCUUCUUAA